AUGACCUGGAGGGGCCCCGAGCUGAUGCUGCUCCCUUUGCUGCUGGUGCUCCUGGCCUCAGGGAGGACUUGUUGUCCAGGUUCUAGGGUGUCAGCAGCAGUGCCCAAGGAGCUGCAUGCAGUGGUGGGACAGACACUGUCUGUGCGGUGCCAGUACACACCCCAGACAGGGCCCUACCUGAGAAAAAGCUGGUGUUGCCAGACAGAAGAGAAGAGGUGCUCCAGGGUGGUCACCACCUCCCAGCCCUGGACGACAGUGGAGGAGCUGCGAUACACAAUCUGGGAUGACCCCCAUGCUGGUUUCUUCGUCAUCAACAUGAGUGACCUGAAGGAGGACAACUCGGGAAAGUACUGGUGUGGAAACUACAAUGUCUCCAUAAACACGAUCUUUAUUCUCAGAAACAUCACCCUGGUGGUGUCUCCAGGUGAGACUUCCUUGGGGAAACCUCUGGUCGCUUCUCCAGAGGGGACCCCUGGGCUUUCCAUUAAUGGGUCUGAGCACAGUAACUCCAGUGGCCCCUUCCCCCCAGAUGCUGCUUCCCCCGAGCUCCUGUUCCUCCUGCAGGGUGGACUCCUGGCGGUCAAGGGUCUGUUGCUGUCAGCCCUGUGCACGGUUCUGUGUUGCAGGGAUCUUGCAUCCUUCCACUUGCCUCAACCCGACACCAGGAUUCCUGCCUUUGCCUGA